CGUUUGGCAACUAACGGCUAAAUUUAACCGCCGCGAAAUUGCCAUUUUAGCUUCGUGUGGGGUGCGGUUUACCGGCUUAUAAUUAUCUAUAUUUUAGUAAUAAUAAAGUUAUUAUCAUGUCUUCAAAAACAAGAAAAUCGACUGCGUCCACUCCUGUGCAGUCAGCAGGAGCCAGUACUUCCCAAUCUAAGAAAAAUACUCCUCUUAGCCCGGCCCGUGUUUCUCGUAUGGAAGAAAAAUUGCAGCUGCAAAAUUUGAACGAUCGUUUGGCUACUUACAUUGAUAAGGUGCGAUUUUUAGAAAAUGAAAAUUCACGGCUUGGUGGUCAAGUCACUACGAUUCAAGAGAAAUACGAGAGGGAAAUAAAGACUACUAAAGAACAGUAUUUUUCGGAAAUCGGUGGGUUACGUACUGCACUUGAUGCAACCAGUAAGGAAAAAGCUCAAGCACUCAUUGAAUUGAAUAAUAUUCGAGCUAAUAUUGGUGAAUUACAGAAAAAGUUAACUAAGAAGGAAAGAGAUUUUGCAUCUGCUGAAAAGACUAUUAAUAGUUUGGAUCAUCAAAAUCAAGAUCUUCAAAAUAAAGUCAACCAUCUUCAGUCCGAUCAUAAAAAAUUGGAAGAGAACUUUAAGGAAUGCGACCAAGAAAGAAGAAGUCUUGCUGCCAUGCUAGCCGAAAUAAAAGAUCAGUACGAUUCAAGUCUGCUAAAGAUCGCUGAUUUAGAAAAUAAAUUGCAGAGCAUGAAGGAAGAAAUUUCUUUCAAAGAGACAGUAUAUGAAAAGGAGCUGUCCGAUUCUAGAAUGUUGAAAACAGUCGAAAUUUCUGGUAUUGAUGCCAGCAUAAGACAAGAUUAUGAUCAAAAGUUAGCAGAUAGUCUAAGGGAACUCAGGGAACAAUAUGAAAGCCAGAUGUUUGCAAACAAAGAUGAACUUGAAGCUAUGUAUCAGAAACAGAUGGCAGAUUUGUCCAGGAACUGUGAGGCUAAAAUUAAAUCAGCUCAUGGUAAAGAAGAAGAAAGUCGCACUAUCAAGACGCGUGUAGAAUUUUUAUCAUCUAAAGUGUCAGAAUUGGAAACUUUGAAUGAGGGACUUAAAAACCGAGUAAAAGAUUUAGAGCUAUUAAUCGAGCAAGAAAGAGAAUGGAAUGCCAUGAAAUUAAAUGAGAAGGAUGAAGAAAACCGUAAGCUGAGAGAGGAGUGUCAAAUUCAGCUCAAUGAAUACCAAGAUUUAUUGGGAAUCAAAGUUGCCUUAGAUAUGGAAAUAGCUGCUUAUAGGAAACUCUUGGAAGGAGAAGAAGCAAGGUUAAACAUUUCUCAUGAAGAAAGCAGCAUAUUGGGAGAAUCAGUAUCGCGAAGUACACCAGUUCGUCGCACUCCUCUUAGAACCGCCAAGAGGAAACGUGCUCAUUUUGAGAGUGAAGAGACAUCUGCCAGUGAUGUGCAAGUGACAGCAUCAGCUAAGAGUGAUAUUGAAAUCUCCGAUCACGACUUAGAGGGAAAAUAUAUCAAAAUUCACAAUAAGGGCAAUACUGAGGUUCCUUUAGGAGGGUGGCAAUUGGUUCGCAAAGCUGGUGAUCAAGAAAUCAUUCACAAAUUUACUCGAACUACUCUCAUCAAACCAGAUACAUACAUAACGGUGUGGAGUUCUGAUGCUAAUGCUGCACAUUCUCCUCCGACUGAUUAUGUUAUGAAAGGGCAAAAGUGGUUUGUGGCCGAUACAAUGAGUUCUGUUCUUCUAAAUAAUAACAAAGAGGAAAUGGCAGUUAGAGAAACAACUAAAAGAAUCUCACGUUCUUAUGAACAGAGAGUUUUAGAAUCUGGUGCAUAUCCUCCUGAAGAAAUAUAUCAUCAACAAGGCGACUUUGGUCGGGAAAGGUGUGCUAUCAUGUAACAGUCAAAAAUUGUAUCAUUGCAAUAUUAUGUUCUGAUCUGUAAUUUUAAAAUGUCAUAUAUUCAUAAUUUUAGCAAUCAAUUUUGUAAGAUUGUUAUAAUUUUUUUAAAAACAUUUCAUUAACUCAUGCCUUAAACUGUUUCGUUUGAUCAAUUGUAAUCAACUGUGUCAUGUCAUUAAAAAAGCUUUAUGAUUAUUUUUUAAGUAGAGAUUAGUAUUCAUUAUAAAAUUCUGUGUGCUUUUUUUCAGUGUAUUUUUAUUUAGAUGAUUUAGUUGAUGCUUUCUGAUUUUAUCUCUUUACUCUACUUAAAAGUAUGGUAACAGAAAAUGCUUUUUUUUAAAUGACUUUUUUUUGUAAGGAUUGUAAAAUAGAUAAAUUUUUAUUAGAUCCUUUAAAUUUAAUUUAUAUCAUUAAACUAAUUACUGUUGAUUUAUCUUAUACAUAUUAUUGAAUUUUAACUUGUAAAGUCAGGUCUUCAUAAUCAUGUCAAGUUUCCUAAUAAAAUGAACUGCCAUCUCUCAUAGUACAAACUAAGCCCGGUUUUAGUUUGUAAUUGUGACUUGAUCUCAUUAUCAUUCAUGGCACAUUAAAAGAGAUAUUGAGUCACUUUUUCACAAGUCACUGUAAUUAUAAAUCAUACUUUAUUGUUUUUAUGAUGAUUUUUUUUAAGAAAAAAUUACUAUGUUUUGUUUAUUCUCAGUGUUGCUAUACUAAUAAAUUAUUUGCUGUUUAAUAAGGUAAUCUGAUUUUUGGUGGCCCAAGGAGCUCUAUUUUUUCCUAUUUAGAGAUAAUUGUCUGAAAAUGCACUGCCUAUUGUGUGAUAAUUACAUACAAAUAUCAUUUUUGCUUUUGUUUUUAUGAGUAUUAAUUUUGGUACCAUGUUUUGAAUUUAAGUUGUGCCAAUGUUUGAAUGUCUAUGUCAGUAAAAAUAAAUUUUAUUAUUUCAGCA